GUAUCAGAACAAAAUUUCAACACUAAAAGACUUCACGUUUUCCAAAAUGACGGAACUAAAUUCCUUGAAUCUCGGUCGCAAUUUGAUAACUGGGAUAAAACGAAACUGGUUUGUAGGCUUACAGAAGCUUGAUAGUUUGUCACUGUAUUCUAACAAUAUAUCCACCAUCGAAAGUCAUUCAUUCGACGACCUUGUCUUAUUGUCAUCUUUAGAUUUUGGCGAGAAUCCAAUAGAAUGCAAACCAUGUGGUUUUAAAGAGUUCGUAGAAUGGUCGAAAAACAGGCAGCAUAUUGUUCUGAGGGGCUGGUGUGCCGAUGAAAAAUCAGCCAUAUCUGAUGUCAAGGUUUCUUCUUUUGGCCGAUGCACUGUACACAAACAACCAAAGGUACCUGUGUAUGCAUACUAUAUAAUUGGUGGAGGAAUUAUAGUAAUAAUAGUCGCUGUAGUGGUGAUAGUCUGGCAUAGAAGGAAAAAGUCACUUGCAAAUUAGAUUUAAUUCAUUAUUAUGUUACAUAAUAUCUCUCUAAACAGCUGUUAUGUGUUCUGACGUUUUAAUUGAACUAAAAAACUACUGGUUUUGAUUUGAUUUAUAGUAGAAACCUGAACAAUCAUGACAAUACUGAUAUUGUUUUGAAAAGGUUAACCGAUAUCAGAUUUUAGAAGUAAACUUAUGAUAUGUAUCCUGA